GCCAAAAAACGAAACUUUCAAACAUUUCAACUAAAAAUGCCACUGUAUCCAACUUCAAUUUUUAUUUUAUUUUCUGGAAUUUUAUUAAUUUCAAAUGCCCAAGAAGCUGCAAUAUUGCCAAUCGAUGUGGCUUCUCCGAGUUCAACAGAAUCCCCACUAAUUGAAACCAUGACUGACACCCCUGCUUUUCUAAAAUCUGCCACGGAUAGUCAACGGAAAGAAUACAUUGAGUUGGAGGGAAACCCCAAUUUGACAAUGGAUAUGAAGCAGAAGGCGUUGAAAAAUUGGGCACAGAGAUGCGGAGAUCCUGUUAAUGGACUUUUCACAAUGUACAUGGCUGAGAAGCUGACAUUGCAGUCACAAGAGGAUUCACGAAUGGCUGUGAUUAUUGGACAGUUGUCGCCUGAAGCACAACAAGCGGACACUAAAGUUAGAGCAAUCACCACAAACAUGAAUCAGACCAAAAAAGAAAUGGACACAAAUGUGGCGAAGCAGUUGAACAAACUCCCAAAAAAAGUCUACUAUGAGCUCACUUUUGCAACUCAAUAAUUUUUUUUUGGGAUGUUGAUUUUGUUUUUCCUGGGAAGUAAUAAAUUGUGAUUUUUUU